GCGGAGUGAUUCGCGGAUGUGAGAAGGCUCCACUUGUCAGUCAGACUUUGAACUGUGCACUGGCGCUCAUCACUGCUUAUCUCUGACCGCUGCUUGUCAUCAAAGACACUGACACUUAAAAUCGACGAGCACAGAUGUAAAGAUUGGGAUGAACAGUUGCUAAGAAAGAGCGAGAGAGUGCGAGCGAGAGAGGAGGAAAAGAAAAAAAAGGGAAGCCCGGAGAGCAUCACUGUAAGGGAGCAGAGCGGGGAUUAAACGUUCGCUACGCCGUUUAACGUUCACGUUGCUCGGGAGGUGAGAUGGUCCAGACCAGGAAUGUUUUUUUAGCCUUGCUUCUUGUGGGCAGCACAGUUUCAUUGGAGGUCCAGAUCACACCUACCCAUGGUGAGAUUAGCCUUGGAGAAUCCAAAUUCUUCAUGUGUGAUGUUGUAGGCGUUGCCAAACACGUGGACUGGUAUGGCCCGAGCGGGGAGCGGAUAGCCCCGAAUAGACCAGACUUGACUGUAACCCGCAACGAUGAGUCAUCUUCCACCCUCACAUUUUAUGAAACCAAGACCGAUAGCGGCGGGACGUACAAGUGCGUCGCCACCAACGGAGACCAGCAAGCGGAGGCAACCGUUAAAGUGAAAAUCUUCCAAAGAAUAACCUUCACAAAUGCACCGUCUCGCCAAGAGUUUACUGAAGGAGACAACGCAAACAUCGUUUGUGACGUCACCAGCUCACCCCCGCCCACAGUCUUUUGGAAAUACAAAGGAGCCAAAAUACAGAUGGAGAAAGAUGUUCGUUUCAAGGUGCUAAGCAACAAUCACCUUCAAAUCCGUGGCAUAAAGAAGACCGAUGAGGGCAUGUACAUGUGUGAGGCUCGCCUCAUGGCCCGCGGCGAGAUUGAUCUGCGUCCCAUCAGCGUUGUGGUGAAUGUGCUCCCAACCAUCAGAAUAUGGCAGUCUGAAGUCAACGCCACGGCAGAGAUUGCACAACCUGCCAUUCUGACUUGCGCUGUUGAUGGCUACCCUGAACCCAUGGUGACCUGGAUAAGGAACGGAGUAGAACUCAGAGAUGAGGAGAAGUACGGCUUCAAUGAAGAUGGCUCCGAAAUGACUAUAAUGGACGUAACCAAGCUGGACGAAGGAGAGUACACGUGCGUCGCCAAGAACAAGGCCGGGGAGAGCGAGAAGGAACUCAGUCUGAGAGUGUUUGUUAAACCGAAGAUCACAUACAUAGUGAACCGGACCGCAUCAGAGACAGAAGAGCAGGUAACUGUGACUUGUGAAGCAUCUGGAGAUCCGACUCCAACCAUCAGCUGGAGCUACGGUGAGCAAGUCUUCACCGAAGGAGACCAGAGCCCAGAUGGAAAUGUAGUAGUAAGGAGCGAUGCUCGUGUGUCCUCCCUCACUCUGAAGUAUGUCAAGUAUACAGAUGCCGGUCAGUAUCUCUGCACAGCUCGCAGUGCCAUCGGAGAGGAUGAACAGACCGCUUAUCUGGAAGUCCGCUAUACACCCAAGAUUCAUGGAACAGUUGCCGUUUACACCUGGGAGGGAAACCCGGUCAACAUCAGCUGUGAGGUCAAGGCUUUUCCCACAGAUGUGUCAAUUGUUUGGCUCAGAGAUGGACUGCAGCUUCCAAACUCAAACACCACCAACAUCAAAAUCUUCAGAACUCCUUUAUCCAGCUACCUACAGAUUACACCAGAGUCUGAAAAUGAUUUUGGGAGCUAUAACUGCACCGCCUCAAAUGAGAUGGGCACCGAGUCCAAGGAGUUCCUGCUCAUUCAGGCCGAGGUUCCGUCAUCGUUGGUCAUUGACGAAGUGAGGCCUUUCUCCACCACUGCUCUGAUCCAGUUUAGAGAGCCUGAAUCUACUGGAGGCGUUCCCAUUCUCAAGUACAGAGCUGAGUGGAGGAUGCAGGGCAGGAGCAUCUGGACGCAGAAAGUCUAUGAGGUCCAAGACGCAGACUUCGUCAACGAGGUGACGAUAACGGGCCUGAAACCGGAGAGCCGCUACGAGGUGAAGCUGUCGGCCAUUAAUGGAAAGGGCGAAGGAGAGAGCAGCCCCACGGAGCUGUUCAAGACCGAGCCUGUCCGAAAUCCUAAUCCUCCUAAGCUUGAAGGGUCAACGGAGCCUAAAGGCAACUCCCUCAAAGUCAGCUGGAUUAAGCAGGAUGAUGGUGGAUCUCCCAUCCUGCAUUAUCUUAUCCGCUAUAAACCCAUCCAGACGUCACAGUGGAAGCCUGAGAUCCGGAUGCCCAGUGGCAGCGAUUACGUCGUGCUGCGUGGAUUGGACUGGGACACGGAGUACGACGUGUAUGUGGUGGCCGAGAACCUGAAGGGGAAGUCUCCGCCCGCCACCAUGUCCUUCAGAACAUCUGCAGAGCCAGAGGCCUUCCCAGCCACUCAGGGCAGCUCAUCUGUGACAUACACUUUGGUAUUACUCAUCCCGCCCCUUGUCAUUGCGCUUCUGCUGUCGUAGUUUAUGUUUGGGAUCUACAUCGUAACAACGGAGGAGAGCCUGCCUUUUCUCUGGCCUGGCUUUCGUUUUUUCUGGACGCUUUUAGCCACUAUAGCGGACUUUCUUCCUUGACAGAUGCGCCUCUGUCAUGGUGGCGAGAAGGCUGUUGUGUGUUUUCAGAACAGACCAGACAGACUCAAUGAACCAAAGGCAGUGAAUGACCUUGGCCUCCCACAGGUUCACUCUGCUCAGCAUUAGCACAGCUAGCCAUCAGCACUUGACAGAGAGGAUUGCCAGUUUACAGUUCUGAACAGAUGUGGAGUUAUGGUAAAAGUUUUAUUUUUUUGUUUUUUUUGCUUUUUAAACAAAACAAAACGUAGCACUUAGAUUCGAGUGAGCGCCGAGUACUGAACCCGUCCGUUUACAUAAACACUGUAUUAUAUUGUGUUUCAUACAGUUGAACUCUAGAGGUUUGGAACAAUAACACUGACAAUGCCAUGGGGGGGAACUCAAAUAUUUUUAUCGUUUAUUUUGAUAAACAAAAUGUUUGCUGAAAUAUUAGAGAACAUUUAUUUUUGUGCAGAUUAAUAAGAUUUUUUUUUCUCUUGUGCAAGUGUUUUUAAUCUGAUGUCCACAGAAGUUACAUCAUGUUUUCUUUAUAUAUUUAUAUGUGGCAGGUGCUUCAUUCAGCUGCAGUGCUGUGAAAAAGUAAACAGUUUUAUCCAUUUCGCCACAUGUAUAUUUUCAGACAAUAAGAGCUACCGAUCCUCUUGGAAAAGUAACUGACCCAUUCCUAAAUCAUAGAUUAACUAUGAUUAAAUUCAUUUUAUGGAGAUUGCUGUGUUCAAAUUCAUUAACUUUAUCCAGGCCCAACCUGUAGAAUCCUGGAAUAAACAGAACCUGGGCUGGACUUCUUCGCAGCACUGCAUGUUUUCUAACUUGGCAAACAUAUUUACUUUGGGCAUGGGUCUGUUUUAGGGAAUUUUUGUAUAAGACGAGGUUGUGCACUACAAUAAAUAUUUCACAGGCAGCAAGUUUUUUAUUUUAUUUUAUUUUUUUACAAUUGAUCAUAUGAACAUCUUUUUUCAAACAGAAAUCAGUGAAAAAAUAAUUCUGCCAUGGAGAGCCUGUUAACUAUUCGAUAGAGAUGGACCAAUGUGAAAAUUUGGGCCGAUAUAAAUUAUUGUAGAUAACCUCCCAAAAUCCUCCACUGCAUCACCAUCACAUGUCCAAACAAAUACCACAUGACCAACACCCCACCAGAAACAAACAACAAUAUGACAAUAAAUAGUAGUUAAUAUUGGCCCGGUUUUAUUUCAGACCGAUAUGCUAAAACAUUCCUAUACUGCUGCUAGUGCUGAUAUUUCAUGCACUCUUACUCUUUGAGAUUUGAGGUUGCUAAAAUUACUGAUCUGGAUCAAGCAAAGCAAGCAAACGGCCGUUUAGACUUUUUGUACUGAAUUAAUCUUUCUCUGUUGUGCAGAAUCAAAAAUCUGUGAAUCGCAGUGGUGAAACGUUACAUAGGUGGAAAUCUUAAUUACUUUUAACAAAUCAGAGAAAAUUAUUCAUCGAAAAAAGAAAGAAAGCCCUCGUCGUACCUCUUCUAUGGUUUGAAGCCCUUAUUAUGGCAGAAAUUGCCAGAGUUCAUUUUGAUCUGUAUGGAAUAUAAAGUGAAACAGCUCAGCUCCUCCCCUGCAUGUUGUUGUGCAGUGUCAAUAAAAUGAGUUUAAAGAAAGCAUUUGGAAAAAACUAGUCAUGUGGGAAUUUAACUAUCGCCACACAUUCAUGUUAUGAAUUUUCAAAUUGAAUUUGGGAUGUCUGUUAAGCAGCUAACAGUUUAUAACGAUGUUCUGCACAAUAAACGUAUAUCGCUACAUUUAUGAGGCACUUAUUCUAUACCUAUAUUUAAAUCUGUGCAUCACAACAAAAACACAAAUAUCAUAGAUAACAUAAGUGUAAUCAAUUGUGUAUUAUUUCAGGAGUAAUAGUAAUAAUUGCUUCUGUUCUGUUUUACAUAUGUGAUUAUACCUAGAUAUCUUUUUCUUUCAAAACCAUGCGACAAAUGUUUACUGAAAUUUGUCGUAUGAAAAUUGCAUACCGACCCAUGCCUAAUUUAGCCAAUAAUCCGCAUAGUCAAAAUUUAAUUCAUGCAAUAAACAUUAAGUCAUCUGCAAAACAAAAAA